UUCCUUUUCUGCACAAAGGAAGAAAUCGCCGAGUGAAAGAAAUCCUCCCGAGCUCUCUUUUCUUUCUACCGCCUAUUUUGCUGUAGAUCGGCUCAGAAUCGGGCCCAAUUUUCGGAUUCUCUCUUCGGUCCUACAAGAAAGACCCUAGCCAUUUUUAAUUCUUCACAGCUUGGUAUAAUACCCUGAAAUUUCAAAUUUUCUUCUAAGAUUUUGGUAGGUUUAGGGUCAAUUGCAAGCCAUUUCCAGAAGCAUUCGUUUGAUACCUCCAUUUUGCUAGUUGGUAGACCUUCUGACGCUUUGUACAUUCUCGGAGAUUAUUUUUUUGGUGGCGUUGUCUAUUUGUUUCUUUGAAUCGGUGGAAUGAACAAUAGAGCAAGAUACCCACCUGGGAUUGGCGUUGGCCGUGGAGGGGUGAACUCGAACGCUGCGUUUCAGCCCAGGCCGCCUCAUCAACAACAGUACGUGCAGAGGCACUUAGCAUCGCAACAUCAACAGUACCGCCACCAUCAUCAACAACAGCAGUAUCAGCAGCAUCAACCGCAGCAGCAGAAUCAACAGCAUCAUCACCAAGAACAACAGUGGCUGAGACGGACGCAGCCGGGUGCUGCUGAUUCCAAUGCGGUUGACGAGGUCGAGAAGACUGUCCAGUCUGAAGCCGUUGACCCUAGUUCACAAGAUUGGAAGGCAAGGCUAAAGAUACCACCACCUGAUACCCGAUACAAAACAGAGGAUGUAACAGCGACUAAAGGAAAUGAAUUUGAGGAUUACUUUUUGAAGCGUGAGUUGCUUAUGGGAAUAUAUGAGAAGGGUUUUGAAAGGCCUUCUCCUAUUCAGGAAGAAAGUAUACCAAUUGCACUUACUGGUAGUGACAUUCUUGCUAGGGCAAAGAAUGGGACAGGAAAAACAGCUGCCUUUUGCAUUCCUGCGUUGGAAAAAAUUGACCAGGAUAACAAUGUUAUUCAAGUUGUUAUAUUGGUCCCAACACGAGAGUUGGCCUUGCAAACAUCUCAAGUGUGCAAAGAGCUUGGGAAACAUUUGAAAAUUCAAGUUAUGGUUACAACAGGUGGUACCAGCCUAAAGGAUGAUAUUAUGCGGUUAUAUCAGCCAGUCCAUUUACUAGUUGGAACACCAGGACGAAUAUUAGAUCUUGUGAAGAAGGGUGUUUGUGUUUUGAAAGAUUGCAAUAUGCUUGUUAUGGAUGAGGCUGAUAAGCUCCUCUCCCCAGAGUUCCAGCCUUCAGUAGAGCAGUUGAUUCAUUUCCUGCCUACCAAUCGUCAAAUCUUGAUGUUUUCAGCCACUUUUCCUGUCACCAUUAAGGACUUUAAAGAUAGAUAUCUUCAAAAGCCUUACGUUAUUAACCUUAUGGACGAGUUGACUUUGAAAGGGAUCACACAAUUUUAUGCAUUUGUGGAGGAGAGACAGAAACUCCACUGCUUGAACACUCUCUUCUCGAAGCUGCAAAUAAACCAGUCAAUUAUUUUCUGCAAUUCAGUGAACCGAGUUGAGCUCCUUGCCAAGAAAAUUACAGAACUUGGGUAUUCAUGCUUCUAUAUUCAUGCAAAGAUGUUGCAGGAUCAUCGCAAUAGAGUAUUUCAUGAUUUCCGCAAUGGUGCAUGUAGGAAUCUUGUUUGUACUGAUCUUUUUACUAGAGGAAUAGACAUUCAAGCUGUCAAUGUUGUCAUUAAUUUUGAUUUUCCAAAGAACUCAGAAACUUACCUGCACAGGGUUGGUCGAUCAGGGAGGUUUGGUCACCUUGGUUUAGCUGUGAACUUGAUUACUUAUGAAGACCGCUUUAAUUUAUAUAGGAUUGAACAAGAACUUGGCACUGAAAUAAAGCAAAUCCCACCUCACAUUGAUCAGGCAAUUUAUUGCCGGUGAUUAGUGGUAAAUUGCCGGGUUGCAUUUGCAUUUGUGGUGAGUGGCAAUGGGGAAUGUGGCUGUUCUCAAUGAAGCAGCUGCGUUUGUAGUUUAGCGUGAGAGGAGAUCCAAUAUGAUGAUUUGGUUAUUGUGGGGACGCUGUGGAAUGAUGCUUUAUGGUUAAUUUAUGGUUGAGAGCCCCGAAACACCACUGGGACCCUCAGAAGUGGGGUGUUGAAUUUUGAUUGGCAUGGCAGGAUUGAAAGAUGGGGGGGGGGGUCUAUUGCAUUUGUGGCUGUGUUUGCUGCUAACUUUUGUUUCUGUAGUCGUGAUUUGUUAUUGGAUCUGUUUAGGGAUGUGCCUUAUCUCACUCGCAUCC